AUGUCCAUAGUGAUAUCUAAAUGGCUGGUCGCUGUUUGCGGGACGACCAGUUUGAUAUCGUUGAUGAUAUCAGCCUUGGCUAUUUAUUUGCAGUCGAGUAACUACAGAAAACCAUUUGAACAGCGACUCAUAAUCAGAAUACUGCUUAUUGUUCCAUUAUUUGCGGUCACUUGCUUUGUGACUUUGAUUAACCCAAGCAUAGGGAAAAUCAUUGAACCGAUAAGAGAAAUUUACGAAGCGCUAGUUAUCUAUACGUUUUACAAGCUCCUUGUUUACAUGCUUGGGGGUGAGCGACAAAUCAUUCAAAACUCUUUUGACAAGCCGAAAACAAACCAUCCGUUUCCCGCUAAUAUCAUCUUCCGGCCCAUUGACUUUUCCAACCCUUCACACUUUUUACUCGUCAAGAGAUGUAUCCUACAAUAUGUGUGGGUCAAACCACUUUUAUACUUAGUGAUCAUUGUUGGAUCUAUUACCGGGAUAUAUGAUAGCUCAGACAUUUCAUGGGGGAGCUUAUACACUUGGACAGGAAUAGCUUAUAAUGUGAGUGUCACUAUCUCACUGUACUAUCUUGCUAUGUUCUGGAAAUGCUUAUAUUCAGAGUUAAAAAAGUUUAGCCCUUGGGGUAAAUUUAUGUGUGUGAAGCUAAUUAUUUUUGCUUCGUAUUGGCAAGGCUUGAUGCUUGAUGCAAUGACUUGGGCCGGAUUGAUUUCCCCGAAGAGUUCAUCAGACUUGGCCAAUUUGACGGGGAGCCAAAUUCAGAAUGCAUUAUUAUGUUGUGAAAUGAUAUUCUUUGCAUUAUUGCACUGGAAGUCUUUUCCCUAUACUGACUUCACUCAUGAGAAAUAUGGUGAUGCAGCCCGCGUGUCUACUUGCCAUGCCUUCAAAGAUUGGAUUUUUCUUGGAGAUCUUGCUUACGACCUCAAAAUGACAACACUGUAUGGAGAUAUGUACAACUUCCGCAAUUUCGAUUCCAUCAACGAUAAUCGAAUCUAUCCAAAUUCUGCCAGCUUCAAUCAGCGUAUUUACGAUGGGCUGCGAUAUUCUUCUGAUGGCCGUAAAUAUUGGCUCCCAGACCAACGUAAGAAACAUCGAUCGGGAUCAUCAGGCUCGUCUUCGAAAUCAGUCAAUGGACUUCAUACCACCAUCGACGAAAAUACUUCACUUAUUGGGUCUCACAAGCCUUUUUACUUAGAUACCGUUUCUGAAGAAUUACCAAGCUAUUUCCUUGAAAGCAACACAGAUACUGAGUAUCUUUCGCCAGAAUACGCAAAAGAUGAAACUCUCUAUAAUUUCGUUCGGACAAAAUAUGUUCCCGAAAAAAUCCUAAAUUAUCCUGUGACAUACGAUUAUAAACUAGUUGACAGUUCUAAAAAGAUGACGAGACUGAAAAGCCAGUUAAAGCAGCACCGAAAGUCUGAUAGCCAGCUGUUGAGGAUUAUUGGUGAGAGUCAGUAA